AUGCCAACUACAUUGGGAUACAAUAAGUUAUACAUUUAUAAAGUCCAAGAUACUCAAUAUAAGGAGUUCUGUAAUGUAUUUGCAUACGGCCUUAUGGUUAUCAUAGAGAAUUCAAAAUAUCCAAAGGGAGUUGUGUGUGAAGAAUCCAAUAAUAUGUGGAAAACUAUUAAAUUCAAGCCUAAGUAUGAGAUUCAGAAUAUUAUAGCAAGCUUAAUUGACAAUACUAUCUCUACUAUUCUAAACCUAGUCCCUGCUAAAAAUUUCAUUGCUGCUUCUUCACAUAAGGCAACAGAAGCUAUUGUUAAAAUAAAUAGUAAAAUUGAAAAAUAUCAAAAACUCUAUAACAUAACAACUGAUCAGGAGGUAGUGAAAUAUGAUUCAUCUGGGUAUUCUCCUUUAUUGUUCAAGCAUCCAGACUUACCUGAACAAAUUCAUAAAAGUAUAGAGUUUGGGGUUGCUGAUAGCAAAAGGAGGAAAGAAACAAUAAAAAUUAGAACUAUAAACCAUCUACGUGAAGAAUUAGAAAAAAAAUAUGAUAAACAUCUCUCUUAUACUACU